AUGGCUCUCAAGCUCCCAGCAAGAAUCAUUUUUGCCUGUCUGGUGGUGGUGUUGGUCUGUUCGAUAUACAUUCACUACGACUAUCGGGGGAUCCUGACCAACAUCUCCCUUCCCUCGUUCGACCGUGGUGAUGAUAAAAAUAAUCAUGAUGACUCGGGUCUCUACAACUCUUCCGCCCACCGCAAGAUCACCUCUCUGUCGACGCCCGACGGCAAGUGGUUCAAGAUCAAUUGGCUCGAUGAUCGAGCCUACAAUCCCAACAUUCUGCCCCAUCCGACACAGCCAGACCAUUACAUCGUCGCCGCCUUACAGGUCCAGGUGUCGGAUGAGGUCACCGACAGCGCCGAGCUCGUUUGCAAUGCCAUCUUCGUUGACGGCACGCUCACCUGCAUGAGCACGCCCAAACCUCUACCCAUCAAGCCGGUCAGAGGCCAAUGCAAGGGCGAGCUCGCCUUUUUCAACUUUCGCAAAGGCCCACGAGAUGCCCGCGUCUUCUACGGUCCGGACGGCCCUUACAUCAUGUACGGCUCCCUGGGCACGCGCAACUGUCUGGGAUUGUACCUCCAGGACCUGCGCACUCUGCUGAACGACUUCGACGCCGAAACCAAGACCUCCGACGCCUUCGCCAACGGCACGGAGCUGGCACGGCCGCCGCCCGUCAACGACGUCCAGAAGAAUUGGUUCAUCUUCUGGGACGCCCAGAACCAGUUCUACGUCCACCACGACAUCUUCCCCAACCGGACCUUUUCGCAACUGUCCGCCGACGGCUCCGUGGGGACAGACCUGUCCGUCCAGGCCAAGAAGAACGACGACGCCUGCAUGGCUCGCUUCAUGCCCAUCCCGAAGACCAAGCACGAGAAGGUGCACCAAACGACAAACUCCCUGGCCAUCACCCUGUGCAAGCGUUCGGACCCGAAAUGCUCGCCGAGCGACGACAACACCUUCAUCAUGACCAUCUUCCACUACCAGACCUUUUACGACUGGCACGCCCAGUACUACCCCCACGUCAUGCUCUUCAGGCGCAACUCGCCGUUCGAGGUCCACGCCAUUUCCCAGAAACCUCUCUGGAUCUGGGGGAAACCGCUGUACACCAACGAGAGCGAGUCGGUCAUCAAGGGAGACUGGGCCCCCGAGGGCCACACCGAUCUCUUUUAUGUGACGAGCAUGAGCUGGAAGAACCCGGAUCAACGGUAUCAAGGCUUCAUCGACGACCCUCUGUUCAUCUCUUUCGGUAUCGAAGACACGAGGUCCGGCGCCAUCGACGUCACGGCCGGUGACAUGUUGAAGGACCUGGGCUUCUGUGCCGAUGUAAAGGUGUAAAAAGCUACUGAUACUGGCCCCGGAUCCUCAACCUGUUCCUACAAGAUUCCCAUCGGAAGCACGUACAAGAUCAACAUGGCAUGAUACCAGAACGCCAGAACGCCAGAAUCCAUCGGAGGGUGAAAAUCCCUGGUGCUCAAAUCCCUCAUACAGAACUUGUCUCGAAUGUCUGCGGUUGUCAACGUCAACGUCACCGACAGCGGCAUACUUUGUGGCCAGACAAACAAUCAACAGACUUGAGCAGCGUUCAGUAUCUGGAAGCCUUUCAGCGACAGACUCACACGCACCACACAUACUUUGAUCAUCCAGUGGUGUGCACAGAGCACAGAACUGUCCUGUUCAGUCUUUUUACGCUGAGAUUUCAACACUUCGGUGUGUCUGCUUGUCUUGUUUUCAAAGGCAGUUGUUUGAACUCUUCAUAUCUGGUAUUAUAUACCACUACAAAAAGGCAUCUGUGUGCAUGUCUCGACGGAUGGGG